UGUGCAUUAGGUAUGCCCUUUUUAGUACUAUUCCUAAUAUAUUUUUAUAUAAUGUGCAUUUGGGUUUUGGACCUAACGAGGUAAUGAGAUUACACUAAGUAUAUAGCCAUCUUAUAUUUCAUGAAGUAUUAAAUGUAAUAGUGCAACUUUGUUGAUUUUCUUUUGAUUGUCCCUUGUCUUGUUCUCAAAAGUUAAUUAAGUUGAUUUUCAAUAUAAGUUGAAAAUUACUCAUCUUAUUAAAAUGAUAAAAUAUUAAAAUGUGUUAUAUUAAAAAGAUUAGAAAAAAAAAAAGGUACAAUUAUUAACUAUAAUUAUACCAAGAUUUUUCCUAUAUAUAUAAUAGUCACAGCCUUAUCAAACUUCAAGACACAUCAAAAUCUGCAUAAGAAGAUCUGCAGAAGAGUUUUCAGCUUUCGUUUGAACAAGAUGUAUAAGAUUCCUAGGCCGAUCCAAAAAAUAACAGUUUCAGAAUCAUGGAGGGAAGAUCCACCAGCGCAUUUCAGCUGGAAGAUCUCAAGCUUUUUGCGAUUUUUCGAUCUUGAUAUGGAGGAACAUUACUCUGGUUUCUUCAUGGUUGGUGGCUACAAAUGGAGACUAUGCUUGCAUCCAAAGGGUAACGAGAAUGAAAGUGGUGAAAGUUACAUCUCUCUCUACUUGGAGAUGAUGAAACCAACAUCUUCAACUGAUUGGGAGGUUCAUGCAAAGUUCAAGUUAUUCGUAUUCGACCAGAAGAAUGGCUAUUACCGCACUCUCGAAGAAACCCAGCAGAGACUAUUUCAUGCAAUGAAGAACAAAUGGGGUUUUGGGCAAUUCAUGUCCUUGGCUACUCUCAAAGAGCCUUCAAAUGGAUUCCUUAUCAAAGGGACUUGUGUAUUUGGAGCAGAGGUAGUAGUCCAGAAUGAAAGAAUAGCUACCCUCACAGAAUCUCUACAACUACUGCCACGGCAAGAAUAUGGAGAAUCAACAUUGGUAAUUAGAAUUUCUUCAGAUGUGAGUGGAAGCUCUUGGUCUGGCUCACCUUUUUUUGUGGGUGGUUAUCAAUGGAGAAUGAUGGUCCAAGGCCAACCUAAAGGGGUAAAAGGGGGCUACCUCUCUGUAUUUCUAGAAUUGUAUGAGGCUUCCUCUCUUCCAUCAGAUAGGAAGGUGUAUGCCAACUACAUACUAAGGGUGGUGGAUCAGAAGGCAUCCGGCAAUGACAUAUGCCAUAGAGCCUCAGAACAAUUCUCUGCCGAGUCUGGUAAAUGGGGUAACGAUGCUCUAAUGCAUGUCUCCAAUAUCAAGGACCCAACAAAAGGUUUCUUAGUCAGUGACCUCUGCAAACUCAGAGCUGAAGUUACUGUACUUGGCUUAGUUAUAUAGUAAUGGUGGACAGGUUGUGUGAUUCCCUUGUAUGAUUUGUUAUAACUUAACUGUAAAUCCAGAUUGUAACAAUAGAUACAGUAAAUGUAAAAUACAAUCCACACAUAAGAACUGUUGUUGGAGUAUAUAUUAUUCUAUCUA